UCGGUGUUGCAGAGUGUGUAAAGUCAGCGUGCAUGCGCCUGUGUGUGCGUGUCUGUGAUGUGUGUGAGUGUGUGUGUGUGUGUGUGUGUGUAAGAGAUUGAGUGUAGGUGAAAGGAGCUGCAAGAGCAAGCAAGCACGUGGGUGCACACUUCUAUAAGAGAUAAAUAAAGAGAGUGAGAGAUAGAGAGGGAAGAAGACAGAGCUAGAAGAAACACAGGGCAAGUUGGGAAGCAGAAACAAAAGAGAAAAAGAAAAGGAAAAAAAGAAAUAGAGAGAUAGAGACAUAGAGAUAGUGUACAAUGGAUGACUAUGCCCUGUCCUUCUGGAUUUACAUGGGAGUGAUGUCUGUGUUCCUUGGAGGCACAGUGAAGAAGUUCCUGGCAUCUCAUGUCAGUGCCGUGCCCUCGCUCGUGGCAUGGCUGGGUGCCAUGCUGCUGGUGGAGAGGCUUUGUGCUAUGUGCAUGCCCGCUGUGCUGGCACUCGCCAUCUUCUGUGCCACCUGUUGGCUCUACUCGCUGUGGGCUGCCCCGGCACCGGUCCUGCCUGUCGAAGGCAAAGCUGUUCUCAUCACAGGGUGUGACACAGGGUUUGGGCAUGCUACAGCAAGGCGUCUUGAUGCUAUGGGGUUUCAGGUGUUUGCAACGGUAUUGGACGCAGACGGUGAUGGGGCGAAGCGUCUGAAGAGUAGCUGUUCUCCUCGCUUGACCUUGCUUCAGGUGGACAUCACUCAGCCACAGCAGGUUCAACAGGCUCUGCUCAACACCAAGGACAAGCUGGGCAUGAAAGGCCUGUGGGCGCUGGUGAACAAUGCAGGAAUGUGUGUGAACUUUGGAGACGCCGAGCUCUCGCUCAUGUCAAACUACAGAGGCUGCAUGGAGGUGAAUUUCUUCGGAACCGUCUACGUCACCAAGACCUUCCUCCCUCUACUGAGACAAAACAAAGGCCGACUAGUGACCAUCUCCAGUCCAUCAGGUGAACAGCCCUUCCCAUGUCUGGCAUCCUAUGGGGCCUCAAAGGCAGCACUAAACCUCUUCAUUGACACGCUCCGUCACGAGUUGGAGCCAUGGGGGGUAAAAGUGUCCACGAUAUUACCUUCUUCUUUUAAAACAGGACAGAGCAGUAACACCGAGUACUGGGAGAAACAGUAUCAGCACCUUCUUCAGAACUUGUCGCCAAGCCUUUUAGAAGAGUAUGGCGAAGACUACAUCAUGGAGACCAAGGACCUCUUCCAGAAUUUUGCCAAAUCAGCCAACGAGGACCUGAGCCCUGUCGUUAACACCAUCGUGAAGGUACUUCUCUCGCCACAGCCUCAGGUACGCUACUAUGCCGGGCCUGGCGUCGGCCUCAUGUACUUCAUCUGCAGCUACUUCCCCCGGGGCCUCAGUGACAAGUUUCUGCAAAAACUCUUUAUGAAGAAGAAGGUGGUACCACGUGCACUCAGGAAACAGAAUGAGCUGAACCUCAUCAAGGACAACAACAAUGACAUCAUCAGCAACAACAAUAACAUCACCAGGAUGGAGUAAAUCUGUUGUAGUGCCAUGUAUAUAAAAGAUGCUAGAGGACCACUGAUGUAAUCAAGUCAUAGUGACCCAAUGCCAAUAUGUGUAUUUGUUUUUGUGCUGCUUUAUAUAAUGUAUAAAGCAUUUUGCAUUUUUCUCUUGUCAUUUUGAAGGGAUUGUUGAAUGGGUUUGCUUAACGAGUAACUAUUAAAAACUAUUUUAAUAGAAAUUAAUAUUUGGUUUCCCCAUAAUAUCAGCUGAUCCAUUCCCUCCAAAAUUCUUUGGUAAUAUUAAAUUUCACUAUGUGAUAACACUAGAUGUGUACAGUUUUAUACACGUUCCGAUUUUCUGUACUUGCCUUGGUUACUCCACAGAUAAUAGACUUUAUUUUGCUUACAAAAUAUCCUUUAGAUGGCAUUGAAGCAACAGUGUUCAUCACUACACUCUUAACCUCAGGUGCAUAAAGAGUACACCAUUGCUGCUACUGAGUGCAAAAUUCAUUCAUGGUUCUAGUUCCAGUUCAUCAGAUUCAUUUAUCUACUUCAUCUACUGUUUGGGGUAUGCUGAAACUUCACUUACAGCUUACUUAGCCAGAUACAAGCAAUAUAAUGUCCAUCCAGAGUCACAGUGUUCCAAUCUCCUGUAAAUAAUGACAUUUUUGUUAAGCAGAUCAAGCAGACCCACCUAUUUACAUCCAGUUUUAUUUCCGUUUGUUUGGUUUGAUAUUUUUCCAUGUCACCAUUAUUACUACAAAUCAAAAUAUUUAUUUCUGUUUCUCUAUGAAUCACUUAAACUGUGAAUUUUUAUACAGAACGAUUAAAAGAAAGAAAGAAAUUGUCCGCUUGUUCAUUCUUAGAUCAUAUUAAAUUUGACUUUUUAAAGAAA